AAAAAGGAGGUUAAGCUGUCGCAGACUCACAGAAACUGCCAUCUUCCCCAAAUUAGCUCUAGGGUUUUUCAAGACAGCAAAAUUCUCCUGCAAUUUCAUCAAAUUAACCUUCAAUUUUCCUUCAAUUUUUUCCAAUGGAUCGCCGAUUAAACUACCCGUAUUCUCGCCGAUCCAAACCCCAAAAAAGUUACGCAGAAGAAGAUGACGAUGAAGAAAACGACGCCGUUUUAGGAGUAAUCGGCAAUUCCGACGACGAAGACGAUGACGACGACAAUGAUGAAGACUUCAACGGUCAGCAUCGACGCCAUACACCCACCCGACAACGCCGGAAACUAAGAAAGUUGUCUAAUUGGAAUUACCAUUCUACUCCUACUCCCUCCGGCAUUUCGGAUUGGUUGGAGCAGGGUACUUUCAUCCUUUUGGAAAUCUGGGGUGAGAGGUUUUUGCAAUUGGGGAGGAGCAGCUUAAGGAGUGAGGACUGGAACGAUGUCGCCGAAAGGGUUUCGGAGGCGACAAGGUCAAAUCGCACCGUUUCAGAUUGUCGAAACCGGCUGAACGCUUUGAAGAUGAAGUAUAAGAGGGAGAAAGCUAAAGUGAUUAGCUUAGGAGGUGGAAGCAGUAAGUGGGUUUACUUUAAAAAGAUGGAUGUUUUAAUGACAAUGUCACCAAGGCAGUUGCAACAGCAAGAGCAAUGUGGGUUAGCUUGUGGAGUUGAUUCGGGCGAGUUUGUGUUUAUGAACCCGCGAGUUUACUUGGAUCACUCCAAUGCGUCCGAUGAGAUGAGGGACAGUCCCGGAAAUUCGGAGUCUGAGGGUGGAGAAGAUGAUGAGGAAGAGGAAGAGGAUGAUGAUGAGGAGAAUGAGGAAGAGGCGGAGGAGUCUUAUAGGAUGCUAUCAGAGUCGAUUAAGAGGGUUGGAGUUAUAUAUGAGAAGAUGGAGGAUAGUAAGAAGCAACAUAUGGAGGAAUUGGAUAGGAUGAGAGAGGAGUUUCAGAGAGAAUUGGAGUUGCAAAAGAAGGAGAUGCUUGACCAGACUAAGUCCGAGAUUGCGAAAUUAGGACAAAAGGAUGAUCAGGAUAGUGAUUGCUCUGUUGAGAAUGUGAGUGAGCUAUGAAGUGGAUGACAUCAGAAGGACGAAAUUGAUGAGGACUGCUGUACAAAUGGCAGGCUUGAUAGGCAUCGCCCAUAUACUGAAGUGGCUAAGUCUGCAAAGCCGCAGGGAUGUUUCUUUUGUAUCUCUUAACAUGUAACUUUUUGAUGGCCUCUUUAGCUUUUGAUCUAUGUUAUGUUUCCAACUGACGAAGCGUCAUUUUAACAGAAAGUGUACUACGGAGUAUUAUUAGAAAAUAAUACUUGUAUGUGUUACAGUAAUAGAAGAAUAUUUAAAGCACCAGUUGGUUGCUGUUUAAUGUUUC